CUGCAACAUGACCUUCCUAAUGGCCUUACACAAAGCCAAAAAUCUCAUGAGACUAAACAGAUCCAGCUGAUCUCUUUAUAUUGGAGGUUAUUUAGUGAAAACAUCCAGAGGAUCUUCAGGUUUGGGUACACAAGCAAUUGGCAGCAAAAUAAAUGUUGAGAAGAACUUCAAAUGGCCAAUCUUCAUUCUAAUUGUCGUCACUGUAUGGGCUCCCUUGGCGGAAGGCAGUAUGCCAUGAAAGAAGAGAAUGCCUACUGUGUCAGGUGCUAUGACAGCUUGUUUGCUAACAUCUGUGAAGAAUGCAAGAAGCCCAUUGAAUGUCAUUCCAAGGACUUUGCUUAUAAAGGCUGUCACUGGCAUGAAGCAUGCUUCCAGUGUGCCAAGUGCAAUCACUCUUUGGUGGAAAAGCCUUUUGCUGCCAAAGAUAAUCGCCUGCUGUGUACAGACUGUUAUUCUAAUGAGUAUUCAUCAAAGUGUUUCCAUUGCAAGAGGACCAUUAUGCCUGGUUCUCGUAAAAUGGAGUUUAAAGGGAAUUGUUGGCACGAAGCGUGUUUUGUUUGUCAACAUUGUCGGCAACCGCUGGGAACAAAGCCUUUGAUUACCAAAGACAAUGACAAUUAUUGUGUACCUUGCUUUGAGAAGCAGUUUGCUCAGUGUUGUUACUCCUGCAAGCAGGUGAUAACUUCCGGUGGUGUGUCAUAUCGUGACCAACCAUGGCAUAAAGAAUGCUUUUUAUGUACAAAAUGCCAACAGCAGCUUGCAGGUCAACGGUUCAUUUCAAAAGAUGAGCAUCCUUACUGUCUUGAAUGUUUCAGCAGCUGUUAUGAAAAAAAGUGUGUGGCCUGCUCCAAGCCCAUUACAGCGCUGGAUGGAGCCAAAUUUAUCUCCUUUGAGGAUCGCCAGUGGCACAGUGACUGCUUUAACUGUGGGAAAUGUUCCAGCUCUCUAGUGGGAAAGGGAUUUCUUACUCAGCAGGACCAAAUCCUCUGCUGCAAGUGCAUCAGCAACGUAUAGCUAAAUAAACCCAAAAGCAAAUCUCUUGCUUUUUAUGAAUA